AUGCGAAUACAAAUAGAGAAAGACCAAUUAGGUUGGGUUGCGGGUUUAUUAGAUAGUUGUGGAAAUAUAAUGUUCUCGAAAACCCAUGUAUCUGGUAACAUAGAAAUCAAGUUAAAACUAACUGAUUAUGAAUGUCUUGAAAAUAUGAAAACCAAAUACGGGGGAGCUGUAAAGGUAAGCCGAACAGGUACAAGAUAUAGAUUAAACCAUUCAGAAGGAUUAAAAAAAUUAUUAGAAGAUAUUAAUGGACAAAUAAGAAUUCCUGUAAGAGUGAAAAAAGUAAAAGAAGUAUGUGAAAAGAAUAAUAUAGAAAUAAAGUAUCCAGACAAGGAAUUAAGUUUAGACACUGCUUGGUUAUCUGGAUUUUUUGAUGGAGUAGGUUCCAUCGUAAUUAACCAAACAACUUUAGAAAAUAAAAAACAAUUAGUAUUGACAUUUAAUCAAAAGAAUAAUCAAAUAUUAAUAAAAAUUCAACGAAUUGUGGGCGGUAAUUUUUAUAUAAAUACAAAUACACAAAGUGGAAAGUAUAAAUAUGCUCUAUAUUUUACAAGUAAAGAGGAGAUUUUACAGUUAUAUGAAUAUUUUAAAAAGUAUCCCUCAAGAGCAUAUAAAAAUAAAAGAAUAGGUUUAAUCCCACAAUAUUAUGAACUGCAAACCUUGAUGACUUCUAUUCAUGAUAAUCAGUUACAAGAAACUCUAUGGAAAAAAUUUAUGAUACAAUGGGAUUAUAAGGAAAUAGAUGAAAUACAGAGUGGGGAGAUUUUAAAACAGAAAGGAGUAAUUCGUUAG